UGACCACAGUGUGGGAAAUACACGUGCGAAAGAUUCGGAGCCUUGUCUUCUUCUGAGCACCGGAAAACUGCUGCAGAGAUGGCGAGCUAUGGUUGGGGGUCAAUCGCACGUUAUAUGCUUACCAGGACCACAGCCGGCUCGUGCAGCGACUUUGAAUUCUUUUUGGUCUCUUCGAUUUGGGUUUCAUCCAAAUACUAAGAAAUAAUUGGGAAAAUUGGUAUUUGCGUCACGUGCAGAUUACAAGGUUUGGAUUUGCUACAAAUACCGGGGAGAAACUGAAAUCAGUGAGAAUCUGAGCAGUGUUUUGAGCCUGGUAAAGGAAUGGAUUCAAACGGCAAUGCUAGUGUUAAUGCUAACGCUAAAGCUGACAUGAAACCAAAAUUCCUGCAAGUUUAUGACCAUCUCAAGGCUGAGAUCCUAGCUGAUCCAGCCUUUGAUUAUACCGAAGAUGCCCGCCAAUGGGUUGACAAGAUGCUGGACUACAAUGUACCAGGAGGAAAGCUGAAUCGAGGCCUGUCUGUAAUUGACAGCUAUAGAUUGCUAAAAAAGGGAAAAGAAUUAUCUGAAGACGAAGUCUUUCUUGGAUGUGUGCUUGGAUGGUGUAUUGAAUGGCUUCAAUCAUAUUUCCUUGUGCUUGAUGAUAUGAUGGAUGGUUCUCACACAAGACGUGGCCAACCUUGUUGGUUCAGAUUACCUAAGGUUGGUUUAAUUGCUGCUAAUGAUGGAAUUUUGCUUCGUAACCACAUACCCAGAAUUCUUAAGAGACACUUUCGUACUAAAUCUUACUAUGUUGAUCUUCUUGAUUUGUUCAAUGAGGUUGAAUUUCAAACAGCCUGUGGCCAGUUGUUGGAUUUGAUUACCACCCAUGAAGGAGCACUGGAACUCUCGAAGUACAAAAUGCCAACUUAUCUUCGUAUUGUUCAGUACAAGACAGCCUACUAUUCAUUUUAUCUCCCGGUUGCUUGUGCCCUAUUAAUGGCAGAGGAAAAUCUUGAUAACUUCUCAGACACCAAGAACAUUUUAAUACAAAUGGGAACCUAUUUCCAAGUACAGGAUGACUAUCUUGAUUGCUUUGGUGAUCCACAGACUAUUGGGAAGAUUGGAACCGACAUUGAAGACUUUAAAUGCUCCUGGCUUGUAGUGCAAGCUCUUGAGCGGGCAAAUGAGAGUCAAAUUCAAAGACUACAUGCUAAUUAUGGAAAGGCAGAUCCAUCUUGUGUUGCAGAAGUUAAGGAUCUAUAUAGAGAACUUGGAAUUGAGGACGUUUUUCUAGAGUAUGAGAAUACCAGUCACAAGAACCUAAUUUCUUCCAUUGAAUCUCAAAAGGAGUCAGUUCAGCUUGUGUUGAAGUCCUUCCUGGGGAAGAUAUACAAGCGUCAGAAAUAAAUUUUCAAAUUUGCGAGUCCUGGGUGAUUAUUGUAAAUCUCAAUAAUUGUUUCGAUGAUCGGUUACACAUUUUGUCCACUUCUCAUGUCUUAUCCAGAAUAGUGAUGCAGUAGCAGUGGCCAGUGCUUGGGAUAUCAAUUUUAAGAUUGCUUUUAAAUGUUAUUUUUGUUUAAUGAAGACAAUCAUCAUCAAUUUAUGAAUAAUUAAUCCAAUUAGUCCCAUGGAUUUCGCUGUCAAUCACUGCAUAGAAUUCUUAGCAACUUCUUGUCGGAAAAUGUCAAAUGUCUGCUACUUUAUUCGCUUUUGUAAAUUAACUUUCAAUUGGAUUGAUAAAACAAGGCAAACGAGUGAGCAUUUCAGUAAUUGAAAUACACGAGUGCAUUGUGUUUGUUCCUUC